AUGAGAAAAGUGACUAGUGAUGAUGAUGAUCCCCAAAGGAAGAAAGGUAAAUCAGCAGAAGACAAGUCCAGCAAGAAGGGCGUUAAGAAGAAGAAGAAGGGAAAGGGAAGAAGCAAGGAUCUGACUGAGGAAGAAAGAGCUGAAGUCAAAGAGAAGAAAUCUGCAGCCCUGCAAGAGGUGCAAAGGAGAAGGGAAGAACUCCUGACCACAUUUCUCAAGACCAAGUUGGAAAAGGAAGAGGAGCUCCGUCGACUGAAUGACGUGCGACUGGAUGACAAAUGGCGGCGCACGAUGCGCGCCGCCAAGUCGGAGUCUCUGCGGACACAAGCGCGUCUCGGGGAUGCAGCGUUUCGCCGUGCGAGCCAGGCCAAGGAUGCUGUCAUCGCGGCUCUACUCACAGAGCUGGAGGAAGCGGAGGAGCAGCAAUACAUGACAGAUCGCGCGCAUUUGGGACACCUGCGGGCGUUGCUGUCGGCGACUCAUGAGGCCAGGCUGGCUGCUGAAGCAAAGCGUCAUGAUGAGCGUAUGCAACAUAGAGUUCAGGUCUUAUGGCGCAAGGAAUUACUGGAAGAUAGUUUGCUGCCAAGUCUAGAAAGGGAUCUUGCCAUCUUGGCAGAUGCAACACAUGAUGCAAAUGUGCAGCACCAGCAGAAAACUAAAAAGGCUGCCAUGGAACACAACAAUCAAAUUGCCCUGAUUCGUCAGACAAGUUUUGCCCACUCUCUGCGUUUGCAAGCUGAAGAGCAGUUGGCAACCCUAAACUCAGAAUUGGCAGCCCUAUUGCAGGAGUCACAGUCUCAGCUAUCUGACAGCUGGAAAGUCUACAAGGAGAGCAAACAGAGAGAUGAUGAAUAUGCGGCUGAACAGGAGCUGCAAACUAGAGAGUGUCAGAGCUUGGCAAAAACUAUUGCUGAUUUGAAAACUGAGUUGGCACAAUUGCGGGAAGAUCGUGCAAAUUUGGUGGCAGAUUUGCGCACUGCUCGUACAGAAUGCACAGCUCAUUUGCACAUGCUGAAAGCCCAGACAGCUGUUGAUAAGGAACACUGGCUGAAACUUACUAAGAAAGUCACACUAGAAUCUGAAGCCUUAAGAAAGAAAUUAUUUGAAAAGAAACAGCAGCUGGAUAAAAUUAUCAGACUUGGGUAUCAAUGCAGGAAGCUUGAGGUCAUGGAUGACAGGGCUUUUCAUUAUCUAGCCCCUGAGAAAGUGGCUCCCUCUAUGCCUAUUGACUCUGAGAUGGUGCAAGACCAGCAUGCAAGUCUCAUGGAAUCCUUCAAGGAAAAGGCAAAUGAUCUGCUUGCUGCUUUGGAGCCAUUCUUCAGGAGAUACAGCAGAGUGAACCUCCAGACUAUGGUUUUGACAAAGCAAAAUGAGACUCUGAAGAAAGAGAGCGAUUUACUGAAGGAUCAAUUGCGUCACUGCUUUCAAAGAAUGAAACUGAGUGACGGGAAGUCUGAGUUUCAAGACAACACUCUGGUGGACAUUAGAAAAUUGUCCAUUGUAGAAAAUAAUAUGGGACAUAAGAGCAGACUGAGGACAUCAAGUAUCAGGAGACCAAAAACAGCUGCUGGUGCUGAACAUCAUGUCUUGCCAACACUGGUGACUGCUGCAGAACAAUCUUCUGCUUCUUCUUUGGGGCAGGUGUCACUGCAGAGAGUGGCAACUGCAAAAAGCUGAUUCCAUGCUGUUAACAAAACUGC